AUUACACAAGUGUUCUGACAAAGCCUUUUUUGUGCAAAUUUUUGUCAAAACACGUCCGCCACAAAUGUAUUUAAUCUGUUAUCAAUCCUGCUAAGAAUAAGAAAUAAGAUCGACUGUGGAAAAUAGAGCUCGUAUCACGAUCGGAGGCGGUUACUUGAAGGACAUUUGAGAAGCUUAAACAAACAAGACUAACUAAGGGUGUUCCGUGUACUGCUCGUGUCGUAGCUGCAAAUGUUCAAACUGCAAACCACAUUUCAUUCGUUUUCACAGCUGUUUCUCUGUUGUUCGCUUCAACGUGCAACGUCAUUGUUAUCGCAACAGCUUCCAUGUUUAUGAUCGCAACAAAUCGCAGCUCUUGGUAUAAGACGGUUUGGUAGAUCUUCGGUAGUCUUCAUACGACUGUUAACUGUGAAAGCUGUAGGUGGACACUACAGCAUGUCUAAACUAAUUUUCUUCACUGUUCUACUCUGCAGCAUCGUCGGUGUUGCCAGAGGAGUAGACUUGCAGGAUGUGCUGACUACACUCACGGAAGUCCCGUUUGCAAGAUUGCUUGAUUCGUUUAUAGUGCCAGCACCGCGUACGACCGGAUUCGAAACAUUAGUGCCCCAGAGAGACAUUCAAUUGUUAUGUACAAACUCAUGGAUACCGCUGUUUCAAAAUGUGUCUGUCAAUGACAUAGAUGUAACUAGGAAGCUUAACUUCUCGCAGCCGUUGUCGAUCGCGAUCCAUGGCUGGCAGGAUGCCAAUUACACUUUGUACAAUUCGAUGACCCUUCGCCAUUUGCGCUACGUUAAAAACACCAACUACUGUAUGGUGGAUUGGAAACCUUACGCCGAUUACGCAUAUGAGAUUGCCGCCCGUAAAGGUGUUCCCGUGGUGACCGACCGUCUGUUCAAAUUUUUGCAGUACAUAAGUGUGUUGAAUUUUCCACUAGAAAAAGUGUCCCUGAUUGGGUUCGGCAUGGGUGCCCAGAUAGCCGGAUUGACCGGUAAGCUGCUGCCUGGACGGAUCGGAAACAUCUACGCGCUGGAUCCGGCCGGUCCGCUGUUUUCUCACCCUAUUGAUGUUGGGCCGACUCGCCGGUUAGCCGGUACCGAUGCACAGUACGUGCAAGUGAUCGCCACGUCCCGGUAUACGGUGGGCUCUGGACUGCUCGUCGGAACUCAAAACUUCCUACCGAACGCAGGGUACCAUCCGCAAGCAACGUGUAAAGUGGGAAUUAUUGGAUUGGCCGAGUUGGCGAACGCGCUAGUAUGUAGCCAUCAAUACGCAGCUAAACUGUUUAUCGAUACACUCGAUCCUGCCAGCGUUAUUCUCGGUCAGAAGUGUAACUUAUUUCUUGGAUUACGGGUUUGCUUAUUGCUGCCAACGGAUCGGUUGGGUUAUUAUUCCAAAAGAAUACCGGGCAAUUUUUACUUGUAAACGAACACAGAACAUUACCCUAAGCUCGUACGUGAAAAAUGGAUUCUGAAAUUCGUAUAUAAAAUAUCACACAUAUACACAAGAAUGCCUUUAUUCAUAAAUUAAUCCGAAAAAAUAAACACACAUAACGUCAAGAUAAAAAAGAGCUGAAAGAAAAUGGGAAACAUUGUACCGAAUGGUACUAAAGGUAUGAAAUUUAAAACUUAAAGAACGUACUUCGGAGUGCCACAUAAAACACAGAACGCAUCAAAGGUUGAUGUGCAAGAUAAAAUGGAUUAGCCAACGGGAGAUCGUGUAGCAUGAACGGUUUAGAAAUGUAUCCUAUGGCUUAGCCAAUAAUAACGGGGUGCUUUGUUUACAUUUUCUGUUGAAUUUAAAGGAAUAUGUUUUUAAGAAAAGAAAGCGUCUCUUAGAACCUGCCAAUGGCCCCGCGAUCGGUAUUUGUAAGGCUGAUUGUUUGCUCAGAAGGAGCCACUUUGUUUAUUUUGUCAAAGUCUACUCUUGGUCGCUACUACUCUAGGUCGCUUUGCGAUUUUCGCUUUUACCUUUUGGAGUCCAUCUUUAUUUC